CUCGCCUCCUCGCCGCGCGAUGGCCUCGCUCCGGGCGGAGCGCGCCCCCGGCGGCCCGCGGCUCCCCACGACCCGAGCCGGGCGGCCGGCAGCGCUCCGCCUCCUCCUCCUGCUGGGCGCUGUCCUGAAGCCCCAGGAGUCUCUGGCUCAACCUCUUCCCACCACCAGCAUCUUGGAGUCAGAAGGGAGGGAGAGGACGGUGGAGGAGAACUAUUCGAUAACUGUCCAACUUUGCUGGAAGUAUUAUAAAGUUCAUAUGGACUCUAUUGAAAAGGAUUGGUGUGACUGGGCCACGAUUAGCAGGCCUUAUAGUGACCUGCGAGAUUGCUUGGAGCAGAGUGCAGAGGAGUUUGGCCUGGGCUUCCCCAAUCCCUGGGCAGAGAGGAUCAUCUUUGAGACUCACCAGAUCCACUUUGCCAACUGCUCUGUGGUGCAGCCCACCUUCUCCGACCCCCCGGAGGAUGUGCUCCUGGCCAUGAUCAUAGCCCCCAUUUGCCUCAUCCCCUUCCUCAUCACUCUCGUGGUGUGGAGGAGUAAAGACAGUGAGGCCCAGGCCUAGGAGGGCACGAGCUUCUCAAGGGCCAUCUCACUCCUCUUCCCUGCCCACCCGCUGCCCUCCCUACCCGCUUUUCUCACUCCCACUCCACCCCCACCACAGAUCCACCACAGAUCCUGGUGGAAAUGGAAACCAGGUGGGGUCGCAGCACAAAUUCUGUAAUCUCCAAAAUAAAA